AACUUGCAAAUCCGACAAAAUGGUGCAUUUGAGUGGUUCUGAGAAGACUGCUGUCACCAACCUGUGGGGGCAUGUGAACGUCAAUGAACUCGGUGGCGAGGCCCUUGGCAGGCUGCUGGUCGUCUACCCCUGGACCCAGAGGUUCUUCGAAUCCUUCGGUGACCUGUCCAGCGCCGAUGCUGUGAUGGGAAACGCCAAGGUCAAGGCCCAUGGUGCCAAGGUGCUGACCUCCUUCGGCGAUGCCCUGAAGAACCUCGACAACCUCAAGGGCACCUUCGCCAAGCUGAGCGAACUGCACUGCGACAAGCUGCACGUGGACCCCGAGAAUUUCAAUCGCCUGGGUAACGUGCUGGUCGUGGUCCUGGCCCGUCACUUCAGCAAGGAAUUCACCCCCGAGGCCCAGGCUGCCUGGCAGAAGCUGGUGUCUGGUGUUUCCCACGCCCUGGCCCACAAGUACCACUGAGUCCUGAGCUGCCCCAGUGACUUCUGCGCCAGGUCCCAUGACCUGCCCGUGGGAGUGCAGCACCACAGGCCCCUGAGAGCCAGCCUGGCCCAAUAAAGAGCUUU